CAUGUGGUGGCCGCGGUGGUGCCGGGCGCUGCGCCUGGAGAUGAAGAUGAGCGAGAAGGCGGCGGCGGCGGCGGCGGGAGGAGGAAAGAGGAAGGAGGCCGAGGCCGGGACCGGGGAGCAGCCGCCGCCCGUGAAGAGGCCGCGCGGGACCGGGGCCCGAGUGGUGCCGCCUCCCGUCAAGAGGAAAGCCGGGUUCAGCCUCCAGCAGCUGUCAGAGACCCGCUCGUACCUGGAGGGUGGGCUGCGGAAGGUGGAGCCCUAUUACUUUGAUUUCUGUUCUCACUGUAAGGGCCGCUGGGUCGGCCAGUCUUUGCUCCACGUUUUCUCCAACGAAUUCCGGGCGGAGCCCAUCGAGUAUUACCAUCAGGCGGCCGCCGCCGGACGCAUCCGGCUCAACGAGCAGCCGGCAGACCUCAGCACCAUCUUACAGAACAACGAUUUCAUGAGGAACACGGUUCACCGGCACGAGCCGCCGGUCACUGCUGAGCCCAUCCGGCUCCUGGCCAACACGGAGCAGGUGGUGGUGGUGGACAAGCCGGCCUCGCUGCCUGUGCACCCCUGCGGCCGCUUCCGGCACAACAGCGUCAUCUUCAUCCUGGCCAAGGAGCACGGACUGAGCGGUCUCCACACCAUCCACCGCCUCGACCGCCUCACCUCCGGGGUCCUCAUCUUCGCCAAAACCCUCGCCGUCUCCAAGAAACUCGACCAGCAGGUUCGCGAUAGACAGGUUCAUAAGGAGUAUGUGUGCCGAGUGGAGGGAAAGUUCCCGGAGGGUGAGAUCACCUGUGAGGAGCCAAUCCUGGUCGUCUCCUACAAGCUGGGCGUGUGCCGUGUCGACCCCAAGGGCAAGCGCUCGAGGACUGUAUUCCGGCUGGUGUGUCAUAGCGGGAGCUCCAGCCUGGUACGCUGUUUCCCCAUCACCGGCCGCACUCACCAGAUUCGUGUCCACCUGCAGUACCUUGGCCACCCCAUCCUCAGUGACCCUGUGUACAACAGCCCUGCCUGGGGGCCCGACCGAGCGCGCGGAGGACACAGGGACAAGAGCGACUCCGAACUGCUGGAGGCCCUGAUAGCAGCUCAGCGUGAGAAAGAGGGGCUCGACCUCCUGGGAGAGGGGGGGCUGUGGGGCGAACAGGGGAGCGGGGGGCUGGCGGGGAGUGAGGGGGUGGGAAAGAGUGGGGUUGUGCCUGGAAGCGAGGGGGCUGGGAACGAGGGGGCGGGGGCUGGGAGCGAGAGGGCGGGGGCUGGGAGCGAGAGGGCGGGGGCUGGGAGAGAGGGAGUGGGGGCUGGGAGCGAGGGGGUGGGGAGCAGACCGCAGGGGGUUAAGGACCCACUGUGUGGGGAAUGUAAGCUGGUCAGGACGGACCCCUCCCCCGGGGACCUGAUGAUGUACCUACAUGCCCUGAGGUACAAAACACCCGACUGGGAAUACGCCACCGAGCUGCCCUCCUGGGCUCGAGAGGACUGGCCCGGGGACUGA